CAGGACCACAGACAUGAAGCUGGUCUUCACCGUCCUGCUGCUCCUCGGGGCCCUCGGACUGUGUCUGGCUGCCCAGAGGAGAAGUGUUCGAUGGUGUACCAUAUCACCAGCCGAGACAACAAAAUGCUACAAAUUCCAAAGAAAUAUGAGGAAACUGAGGGGCCCUCCUGUCUCCUGUGUAAAGAGAACCUCCUCCCUUGAAUGUAUCCAGACCAUUGCGGCAAACAAGGCAGAUGCUGUGACCCUGGAUGGUGGUUUGGUGUUUGAGGCAGGGAAGGACCCCUACAAACUGCGCCCAGUAGUGGCAGAAGUCUAUGGGACUGAAGCAAAUCCACGAAGCCACUAUUAUGCUGUGGCUGUGGUGAAGAAAAGCAGCCACUUCCAGCUGAACCAACUGCAAGGCGUAAAGUCCUGCCACACAGGUCUUAACAGGAACGCUGGCUGGAACAUCCCUAUAGGGACACUCCGCCCAUUUCUUAACUGGAUGGGGCCACCUGAGCCCAUUGAGUCAGCUGUGGCCAAGUUCUUCUCAGCCAGCUGUGUUCCUGGUGCAGAUGGAACACUGUUCCCCAACCUGUGUCAACUGUGUGUCGGGACAGGGGCAAAUAAAUGUGCUGCCUCCUCCCAGGAACCGUACUUUGGCUAUGCUGGUGCUUUCAGGUGUCUGAAAGAAGGGGCUGGAGACGUGGCUUUCAUCAGGGAGAGCACGGUGUUUGAGGAGCUGCCAGAUAAGGCGGAAAGAGACCAGUAUGAGCUGCUAUGCCCGGACAAUACCCGGAAGCCAGUGGACAAGUUCCUGGAGUGCAACUUGGCUCGGGUCUCUUCUCAUGCUGUUGUGGCACGAAGCGUGGACGGCAAGGAGGAUUCUAUCUGGAAACUUCUCAGCCAGGCACAGGAAAAGUUUGGAAAGAACAAGUCCUCAGCAUUCCAGCUCUUCGGCUCCCCUGAUAACCACAAGGAUCUGCUGUUCAAGGACUCUACCCUUGGGUUUUCAAGGAUCCCCUCAGAAGUAGACGCGGAGCUGUACCUUGGCUUUGAGUACCUCACUGCCAUCCAGAACCUGAGGGAAAGCAGCGCGGCGGUGGAGGCCCGGCGCGCGCAGGUCGUGUGGUGCGCGGUGGGCGAGCAGGAGCUCAGCAAGUGCAGGCGGUGGAGCAGCGCGAGCGGCGGCAGCGUGACCUGCGCCUUGGCGCGCAGUACGGACCACUGCAUCGCCCUGGUCCUGAAAGGAAAAGCUGAUGCCAUGAGUUUGGAUGGAGGAUACAUCUACACUGCGGGCAAGUGUGGUUUGGUGCCCGUCCUGGCAGAGAACUAUAAAUCCCAAAAAAGCAGUGACCUUAAUUGUGUGGAUAGACCAGUGGAAGGAUAUCUCGCUGUGGCAGCGGUAAAGAAAUCAAAUGCUGACAUCACCUGGAACUCUCUGAAAGGCAAGAAGUCCUGCCAUACUGCGGUGGACAGGACCGCAGGCUGGAACAUCCCCAUAGGCCUGCUUUUCAGCCAGACAGACUCCUGCAAGUUUGAUGAAUUCUUCAGUCAGAGCUGCGCCCCUGGGUCUGACCCCAGAUCCAAUCUCUGUGCUCUGUGUAUCGGCAACGAGGAGGGGCAGGAUAAGUGUGUGCCCAACAGCAAUGAGAGAUACUAUGGCUACAAUGGUGCCUUCAGGUGCCUGGCUGAGAAUGCGGGAGAUGUUGCAUUUUUGAAAGAUGUCACUAUCUUGCAGAACACUGAUGGUAGGUGA